UGCUAACGUAUGAUCAGACGUCAGAUAUCCCAGCUCUUAACUCCUGAAACAUGUGCUUCUUCGAUCAACACCGCUUUGCGUGUGGCGAUUGGAAGUGGGGCCACUUCCGACAGCACUGUGCCAAGGAGUACCGAAUUGGCGAGACGUGCGGCAUGAAACUCAUCAUGCAAACAGUUCCUACGGGAACCAAGUGCAAGCUGUGCGAGAAGAUCGACACCAAGAUGCGCCGCCGGGCCGCCGAGGUCGACCGUAUUAACCGAUGGCAGCGCGAAGGGAACAAGUUCCGUGCUUCGAUUGACAAAUCGAUGGAACUGAUUCGAGGUCUGGACAGCGAAAUUUACGAGCUCGGCUGCGAGCGCAAUCGAAGACUCCAACAGAUUGGUACUCAUUGAAUCCUGGUGGUCAUGGUGCGGGCGUCGGGGAGUCGGUUUCAUGUGCAACGUUUCGGAAUUGUUUUCGUGUUGGAUCCAGUCAUUGUCGGAGUAUGGGGUCCAAGUGACCCAGAAAAAACUGAUAUUGAGCGGCUGAUGACGGAUGGGAAAUGGCAGGGCGUUACCUCUUACGAUCGCUUCUUUUCUAUACCAUUACACCUUAACGAAUUUGAUGAAAUGAACAAAUUAAACCUUCA